GCCGCGCUUGGCUCAUUACUUGCAGCCAUUUUGAAGCAAUCUGCAGGUCCGCACAGAAGAAGAAGAAGAAGAAGAAGAAGAAGAAGAAGAAGAAGAAGAAGCAAUCCCAGAAAGCACAACAAUGGUGAAGGAUCGGAAGAUCGGAGUGGCUGUGGAUUUCUCCAACAGCAGCAAAAACGCUCUCAAAUGGGCGAUCGACAACUUAGCCGACAAAGGCGACAUUCUUUACAUCAUCUACGUUAACCCUAAAUCACUCGAUCAAUCCGCGCCUCAGCUCUCCGCUGAAUCCGGCUCUCCUCUGAUUCCGUUGUCUCAGUUUCGAGAGCCUGAAGUGUUGAAGAAGUACGAUGUCGAAAUCGACAUUGAAGCCCUCGAUAUUCUCGACACUGGCUGUCGACAGAAAGAGAUUACGGUUGUGUCGAAGCUUUACUGGGGAGAUGCGAGGGAGAAAAUUCUGGAUGCGAUUGAAGAUCUGAAACUCGAUUCUCUGGUAAUGGGAAGCAGAGGACUGAGUACGAUCCGAAGGAUUCUGCUUGGGAGUGUUAGCAAUUACGUGAUUACGCACGCUCCUUGCCCUGUGACAGUGGUGAAGGAUUCGAACUUCAAGCAUCAUUAAGGCGUGCAAUCGGUGAUUUCUGGUUCGGUUCAUUAAUCCAUUGAUGUUGUUUAUUUUGAAAAUGCUGUUUGUGUUCUUGAGAAAACCUUGAUGUUCUUGUUUGGAGAAUAAUAAAAUGUUUUCGAUGUUUAAGUUGAAUCCA